AUGUGUGGUAAAGCGUUUAAAUAUGCAAAUAAACCAACAUUAGAUAGAAUCGAUAAUGAAAAACCACAUACCAAAGAAAAUUGUCAGUUAAUGUGUUGUUAUUGCAAUGUCGUAAAAUCAAAUAAAGAUGAAGAUGUUCAACGUUUAAGAAUCAAUUUAAGAAAUUAUGCAUUAAAAAAUAAUUUACCAAUGACUUUAGAUUCAGUUGAAGCUUAUCACAUUCUCCGUAAUGGAAUUACUGGUGGUUUAUCAAAUGUUCAACAUAGAGUAAAUCUUAAAGGAAUCACGCACAUUAAUAAACUUUCAUAUAAUCCAGAAACUAAAACUGUAUCAAAUGAGGACACCACCAACAUUAUGACUCAUUUCGUUGGUGUUGACUUUAAUUCAUUAUAUCCUUCAUCAUUUUCAUCUAAUCCUCAUGAUUUCAUUCAAUAUACUGACCAUAAAAUGUAUAUGCCGGGAAGAUUGAAUGGUGUUAUCAUUUGUGAUACAGCAACAAAGAAAGCAAAAGCAUUGGGAAUAAUUAAGAAGAAAAAUACUUUAUUCGUGGCUGAAGUAAAGGGUCACAUUGAUGAAAAAUACAUUAAUGAUUACAUAAACUUUUUACCGAUAAUAAGAAACUUAGAUAUUAUCACAGAUGAAAAAACAAUUGGCAGUUUUAUGUAUAAUUACAUGAAAUCAAACAAUCUACCAGUUGACCAGAAACAGAGAAAAUUAACUCAAUUAGCAUCAACACACAACCAAUAUCAACCAUUUUCUUCUUAUUAUCUUUGGUAUCUAAUAGACAGAUUUCAUUUUAUCAUCGAUGAUAUUCAAUCAAUUUCAACAUUUACGAAAAACACUUGCUUUAAUGAAUUUGCGAACAAAUUUAUGAACGAAAGACAAAAGGCUGAAUUAGAAGGAAAUAAAGGAAAAAGUUUAUUUUGCAAAAUUUCACUUAAUGGAUCAUAUGGUUACGAUGCAAUGAAUACACAAAAUUACGCAAAGACUAAAAUAAUGAAUGCACAGAAGUCACGCGUUGCAUGUAUGUCAAAUAAGUUUAAAAACAUAAGAGAAAUAGGUGAAGAUACAUAUCAAGUGAUGCUUAAAGAUAGAUUUUAUAGAUGUGAUACAUGUUUACAAGAGGCAUUCUUCACUUUAGAUAAUGCUAAAUACUGGUAUUUG